AUGAUGCACGCAGCUAGCUCAGGCUCGCCUGUCGGCUCUGAGAUCUUCGCGGGCUUUGCGCUUCUCGUACUCUCCCUGCUAGUCCUCUUGAUUCUUCGAUACUACCUGCCCUUGCGCACAACGCCCGCCUACCUCCUCGUGCCAGUCUUCUUUGCGCUAUGGCUCCCCGCCGGCAUUGUGCUCCUGGUCCCCAUCGACUUGGCGUCGCGCGCCAGGACCGAUGAUGUCGCGCAACGAGGCAUCUGGUUUCCGGAGCGUCAGCUCCUGGUAUCUUGGAGGAUAACCUACUGGCUGACAUUCGCCCUGACCUGGUUCAUCCUCCCUAUCCUCGCCGAGUACUCCGACUCCGGCUACCGAGAACCAAAAGACAAAGUACUCUACUCCCUACGAAGCAACAUGCAAUACCACAUUAUGGUCUUCGGCUCCGGUAUUCUAGGACUCAUAUAUGUGUCUAUUAGCUAUGGCUUCAAUCCGCACUCGCUCAAGGGGUUGAUAAUGGCACUGGCUUAUUGCUGGGGUUUAGUCCUCGCCAUUUAUCUCAUGGGACACGGCUUGGUCGCUAUUCCUCGUCGCUUGAUCCGCAACGCAAGCAUAAGUGGGAGGCUGAGGAGGAUACAAACCCAAGCACCGAAAGUGUAUGAGAAGAUGGAGGAUGCCGAGAUGAGCUUGGAGGAUCUGGAGAUGCAGGUAUCGGAGCUCAGCCGUCGCAAAGUUGGCACUGCUCGAGACUUCCAGGAUUGGAUCGAGGAGCUGGUGGAUAUGACGAACCAGCCAGAGUCCCAACCUCGACCAGCCGCUGUUCGGGGCUCUGGCGUAGCCGAGGACCGAUCUGUGCCCCACGUUAUCACGGAGAAGUACCUGGCCGAUCUGACAAGAAAUCUGGUCCGGGCCCGACAUGCCCGGUCUCGAUGGGUCGAUGAAUGGAACCGACUACUGCAGGAUGCGGCGGAAACGCAGGCGGUCCUUGACUCCGCGGGCUCCAAGAAGCUCGAGUUCGGCCGUGUGUCGCCCCAGUCCGGCUUCUGGGAUAGGCACACCGUCUUGACCCCUUACACACGCUACCUCUACUACUAUCAUUUCAUGCCCUACGCCAAGUUCUUCCUCGGAGUGUUCCUCGGCUUGGCCUCCGCUUGCAUUGUUUGGUCGGAGAUGGUCAAAGUUGCGCUGCCAAAGCUUUCGGUGGUCAGCAUCACUGUCGUCCAUCACUGGAGCGGCGACAAAGCACAGGUCGGCUUUGCUGGCCAGCUCAUCGCGUUUCUCUGGCUGCUCUAUAUGUGCACUGCCGCACUAACCUCCAUUACCGAGGUCAAGGUCUGGCGAGGACGAGCCCUGGUGAAGAGAAACACUGCACACGAAUCCGCGUUUUGGUACGCUUCCCAAGUAGCGCGGCUGAGCAUUCCUCUGUCCUACAACUUCCUUACCUUCGUAUCGCCCGUCAUAUAUAGGAAGACUGUCUUCUUCGAGUUUCUUGGCCAACUGAUCAGCCUCACGCCGUUGGGCGAGUGGUUCGACUACCUCUUCCCCAUGUUCAUCCUUAUUCCCGUCUGCGCCACCCUGUUCGGCCUUUACGGCAAGGUCAGGAACCUCUUUGGGUUCGGUGUCGACCUCGUUGACGACGAAACCGAGGACGACGUAGGAUUCGGUACUGGAUCUUGGCGCGAAGGCCGCGACCUGAUCGAGCGCGAAUUGCACGGCACUUCUUUCCGGCACCGCCUGGCCGAGAAUGCUGCCGCCGGUGGCCGCGCCGCGCCUGUGCUGACUGUGCCCGGUGGGGGACGCCGUGGCGCCGGCCAAGGGUCUGCAACUACACCAUUCGCGACAUCGCCCUCCAACACGAUCGCCUCUGCAACGGCAGGCUCGAGCCGACGGGCGUUGGGCCAGCCGUCGCGCGCCGCGGGGGCACUCCCCGACGAACACGAGGACGACAACUUCUUCUCGACGCUCGGCCACCGGAUGAAGAACACCAUCGACACCCUCGACACCCCCAGGUGGCUGCAGGACAUCGGCCAGGGCAUCAAGAAGCCCAAGUGGAUGGGUGGCGACGAGGACGCAGCUGCUCGACCGUCUGGCGCCUUUGGCCGGACCGAUUCCGGUGACGGGAUAAGGAGGUGGUUUGGUGGCGGCAGCGGCGAGGGCCGGCUACGCCUCUAA